AAACUAGAAUAAAUCAAUAAAACAAAGAUACUUAAAAGACUAAUACUCGAAUUGACACUUCUUCAAAAAGCUACACUUGUCAAUGGUAGCUGUCAAAGUACAUCAUAAUCACAAAAUCAAAGCAAUGUUGUUUCUUGAGAUAGAAUAUUCGCAUCGUGUGUAAUUAUAAACGAAAAGAGUGGGUUUUAUUACAUCAUAAUUGAUCAAGCGGCAUAGCUACGGUGUAGCGUGCGUUUUUAGACACAUAGUCUUCAAAAAGACAUAAAAAUGGAUGACAAUAACGUGGAACAAACGCCUGCCUCUCAAAGGCUUACAAAUGAAGACUUUAGGAAGCUGCUGAUGACUCCCAGGGCUACACCUGGAAGCUCUGGGAGCUCCCAUCCUGCCGGCUCCGUGCGCGAAGCCAUGGCUAAUUCUGGUUCAAUGCCACCACCUAUGGAAAACAAAGGAGAGUUACGUAGGAAAAAGAAGUCUUAUUAUGCAGCUUUAAAGAAACAAGAAGAUAAUAAGUUAGCUGAGUUGGCAGAGAAGUAUAGGGACAGAGCUCGGGAGCGGAGAGAUGGAGUCAACGAGUUGGGGCCUAUGGAUCCUACUAGUAACACUAGCAGUGCAUACAGAGCGGUGGCCCCAGAUUUGAAAUCAGGAAUGGAUGCCAAAGAGAGAAGGAGACAGCUAAUCCAGGAAUCCAAAUAUCUCGGUGGUGACAUGGAACACACGCAUUUGGUGAAAGGUCUCGACUACGCCCUUUUACAAAAGGUGAGGUCCGAGAUUCAGACCCGGGAGCAGGAGCAGGAAGCUGAGAUGGAAAGACUGGUGACCACACCUGUAGAACCAGUCAAGGAGAAGAAGGAGGUUCCUGUGGAAGAAGAAAUGCAGUUUGAGACGGCGAUGGGCAAGAACAUCUUCAACAUGAUACAGGAACAAAAGAACAAGAAAGUGUCCCGCAACGAGAUGUUCGCGGCGGGGCGCAUGGCGUACGUGGUGGAGCUGGAGGAGGAGGGCGGCGCCGACAGCGACAUCCCGACGACGCUGACGCGCAGCAAGGCCGACGUCCCCGCCGCCGACACGCGCAGCUCCGCCGCCGCCGCCAACGACGUCGUGCUCGACAAACUGGCGCAGAUCUUCUCCUACCUCAGACAUGGAAGGCAUAGAAAACUAAAGAAGACUAAAGGGGACAAACCAUCAGAGAAGGGUCGUGCAGACGAUUCAAUAUACGGAGAGAUCGGAGACUACAACCCCGGCGAGCGGCAGGAGCGCCGCGACGACAGGGCGCGCGCCGCCGGCGGGUACUUCGACAAACCCGCUGAUGCGGACGACAAGAUGAUGGACGUAUCGGACCCGGUCCGCGGCCGUGUCCCCGAAGUAUCCCGUCGGUCGGCGGCGCUCCUGUCCCGGCUGGCGGCGGAGCCCCAGGGCUACGCGGAGUGCUACCCUGGACUUAGAGAGAUGGACGACGCCAUCGAUGACUCUGAUGAUGAAGUGGAUUACACUAAGAUGGAUGCCGGCAAUAAGAAGGGACCUAUUGGUCGUUGGGACUUCGACACCCAGGAGGAGUACUCGGCGUACAUGAGUAGCAAGGAGGCGCUGCCGAAGGCUGCCUUCCAGUAUGGAGUCAAGACUCAGGACGGACGGAAGACAAGGAAGACCAAGGAUAAGAGCGAGAAGGCUGAACUUGACAGGGAGUGGCAACAGAUUCAGAAUAUAAUUCAGAAACGGAAAGCGCCGCAAGCUUCAGAAGAACCUUCAUAUAAGUCGGCUAAAUACUAACCUUCUUGAAACCACAUGUAAAUUAACUAGAAGUAAAAUACCAACUGAAAAGUAUGGCUGAACAACACCCUACUAUGGGCGAACGUGCGGCUGUAGCCAAAUACCAUUUAGCGCUCGUCUAAUUGUAGAAUAAAAAACCAAAUUAUAUGGAACUAGCUUUUAC